AGAUGUCAAGAGCACAGUUCCUGCGUGAAUACAGAUUGGUCGUCGUUGGCGGUGGAGGUGUUGGGAAGUCAGCAUUGACCAUUCAAUUCAUUCAAAGCCACUUCGUCGACGAAUAUGACCCAACCAUCGAGGAUUCUUAUCGAAAACAGUGCGUUAUCGACCAGGAAGUUGCCCUUCUCGAUGUGCUCGAUACUGCCGGCCAAGAAGAGUAUAUCGCCAUGCGAGAGCAAUACGUGAAAUCGGGCGAAGGAUUUCUCCUGGUGUACUCCAUCACGUCUCGUAAUUCCUUCGAAGAAAUCAGCCCACUCCAUCAGCAGAUCCUUCGGGUCAAGGAUCAGGACUCAUGGCCAAUGGUGAUUGUCGGAAAUAAAUGUGAUCUCGAAUAUGAAAGGCAGGUCGGCAUGAAUGAGGGCCGAGAUCUCGCCAAACACUUUGGGUGCGGAUUCCUUGAGACAUCUGCGAAACUGCGCAUCAACGUUGACAAUGCAUUCCACGACCUUGUUCGUUCUAUACGCGACUUUAACAAGGUUAGUCAGUCACCCACUUCCAUAUGUCAGAUGGCGCUUAAUUCCUCGCCCUACAUCUAGCAGGACCAGUACCACCGGGCGCCGGGUGGGUUUCCUGUGUCAACCGCACAGCAACAAUCACUUCAACCUGUUCUCUGGUCUUAUCCCCUUCCGGCCAGCAGCCUCACUCCGCAUAUCCUCCCUCAAUUAUGUGACGCUGUUCCCAUGCCUACAGCACUGCCGCCUUAUGGAUGUCUGACUC